UUGGUCAACUAUAAGCUUUGUUUUUGUAUGCCAAGCCAAGUUAUCAUGUGUCCUAAAGCUUAAUGACGUAGGUCAUUAUUUGUGUUAUUGAAUGUUUUAACAGUAACUAGCCUAGUCUGUCAACAGGUGCACCCUGUAGUGAUGCAUCAAAACAAUACCAUCCAAUCAGCGUAAUGAAGUUGGUAACAUUGCUGUCAGCAGAAGAGACCUAUUUUUAACUCUAGAAAGCUCCUCGCCUCGGGCUAUAUAGGCUGGUCCUCAGACCUCUCGGCACCGUGAGCAGAGAAAGCGGGCUCCAUCUCUAAAGGGGCAACAGUAGACCAGUUUGUCCACAGCGAAGUGAUGGAUGUCGGAGCCAGGGACGGCGAGGGACCGCUGCAGCGCAUCAUCUGAUCGCCAGUCAAGGGAGGGGCAUUCACUCCGAACCUAAUCCCAGAUGCAACGUCCAGCCUUUCAGAAAAAUCCACAUCUCCACGGACCGUUGUGAUAUGAAGUAGAUAUCACGCGCAUAAGAGCGAGGGGAGGAGGGGGGCAGGCACAGGCUGGACGGCAGCUGCUCCGCUUUCGCAAAGUUCUCCAUACAGAAGGGAGGGCGCGGAGGCCGGUUGAGUGAGAGGGACGUUUUCCUAGAGGCUGCCAGUGUUUGGGGCAACACAGCGCAGAGAGAGAGAGAGAGAGAAGCCCCUCUCCAGCUCUCCUCUCCGUCACUUUCGAGCUCUUUUCAGACCGAAGAGGAGCAUAAUGGCGAAAAUGAGGGUGUCAUACGAGUACUCGGAGGCGGAGGAUAAGAGUAUCCGACUAGGACUGUUCCUCAUCGUCUGUGGCAUCCUGUCCCUCUUUAUCCUCGGGUUCUGCUGGCUCAGUCCAACUCUACAGAGCAUGCAGAGCAAACCGGCCAACUGCACGGUGGUGUCCGUGCUCAGACCGGAGGAGAUGUUCGAGUGCGUGUUCACGUGCGGGGCGGACUGCAAGGGGACCUCGCUGUAUCCGUGUCUGCAGAUAUUCGUCAAUAAUUCCGAAUCGAACUCCGUGGCUCUGCUGCACUUUGAUGAACAGCAACUGGUGCUGAACCCAAAGUGCUCGUACGUUCCUCCAUGUGAAAGGGACAACCAGAAGAACAAGGACAACGUUCUGUGGUGGGAGGACUAUUGGACUAAAGAGGUCAGCUCCCAAUCCUUCACCUGUUUUUUCAACCAGCAGAGAAGACCUGACGACGUACUGUGGCGGCGCUCCCACGACGCCAGCGUCCUCCUCCACUGCGUCCUGUGGCCCAUGGUGAGCCUGCUGGUGGGUACCCUCAUCGUCCUUCUCACCGUGUGCGCCCGCAGCCUGGCCGUGCGCGCCGAGGCCAUCCAAAAGAGGAAGUGCUCGUACGAGCCGGCAGGCAACUCAGAGCAGGGCAAGACGCCGCCCAACACCAACACCGCCUCCUUCCGGACCCUGCCGAUGUUCGCUGUCCCUGUCCGACGCAGAGACCGGGAACAGGAACACUAGAUGGAUGGAUGGAUUGACAGAUUGAUGAUGACUGUGGUCUCAGUGGUGGCUGUUGUGUGAUGAGGACCUCAUAGAAGCGGGGAAUGUUUGAACUUCCAAUUAUGACUGUUCUGAACACUCUCAUUCCGCUGGACUGGACUCGAGGCUCAUGCACCAGAAAUGCUUGUCUGUCUUGUCUAGGUGUGUUUGUCUACUUGUGUAAGAGCCAUUUUGUCAGUUCAACUCUCAGCUGGUGAGGGCCUUUUCUAAUGCUAUGUGUAUUACAAUGUGUUGGUUAUGUCUAUGAAUAAGCAAAAAUCCCAAAAGGACAAUGCCGCUUUCUGUCACUGGUCAUGUUUUGGACAGGUCUGUGUUACAUAUUGAGCCUCUGUCUCUGUGCUGAUUGUAAUGUUGUUUGCGUUUACUUCACUAGCCGAGCUCGGUCUCAAAGUUCAGAGUUCACUGACUUACAAACAGGAAAUGUCUGUUACCUUUGAAUGCUCUUUAACUAGACUCUUCAUUACAAACCCCUGGUCGUAUGAAAGGAGGGAUCGUGAGGGCGUCCCGGCCAGGACCACCUGAGAAGAAUCUUCAACACCAGUUACACAAAAUGUCAGUGCUUUGUUCAGAGAGAAUGCGGUGAAAGGAAUUCUGGGAGAGUCCUUCUAAUCUCUGGGACGACAGAGCCAGAAGUAGACCUUGGUCUGAUCACCCCCAGCAUGAUGUACGGUCUUCUUCUCUAGGUGGUAUUAGGAAGUGUUUAAAUGCCUAUCUCACUGUUACUGUUUUUUAACACCCAGGGGCACGAUUUAAACAAAUCGCAACACCCCGGGCCACGAUUUAAACAAAUCGCAACACCCCGGGCCACGAUUUAAACAAAUCUCAACACCCCGGGCCACGAUUCAAACAAAUCUCAACACCCCGGGCCACGAUUCAAACAAAUCUCAACACCCCGGGCCACGAUUUAAACAAAUCUCAACACCCCGGGCCACGAUUUAAACAAAUCGCAACACCCCGGGCCACGAUUCAAACAAAUCUCAACCAUGCGUAUAUUCCUUUUAAAGGCAUAUUGCGGUUUGUUUUAAUCCGGUUCCCCCUCUCUCUCCUCUCUGUACCACCUGCCUUUUACUAAACCUGUUUCUAACAAGGCUUCUUUAAGGCAUCUGUCCAACUACAGCCAACCCAACCGCCAUGGACGGAAUAUGUCUGUUGUUCAUUUUCAGUUGGUUGCCGCAGGACAUGUUUGAACCUAUUUGGUCCCGAUUCAAUAUGUAGACUGGGCCACGGACAGUUGGUCUGGGUUCAAUAUGUAGACUGGGCCACGGACAGUUGGUCUGGGUUCAAUAUGUAGACUGGGCCACGGACAGUUGGUCUGGGUUCAAUAUGUAGACUGGGCCACGGACAGUUGGUCUGGGUUCAAUAUGUAGACUGGGCCACGGACAGUUGGUCUGGGUUCAAUAUGUAGACUGGGCCACGGACAGUUGGUCUGGGUUCAAUAUGUAGACUGGGCCACAGACAGUUGGUCUGGGUUCAAUAUGUAGACUGGGCCACGGACAGUUGGUCUGGGUUCAAUAUGUAGACUGGGCCACGGACAGUUGGUCUGGGUUCAAUAUGUAGACUGGGCCACGGACAGUCGGUCUGGGUUCAAUAUGUAGACUGGACCACGGACAGUUGGUCUGGGUUCAAUAUGUAGACUGGGCCACGGACAGUUGGUCUGGGUUCAAUAUGUAGACUGGGCCACGGACAGUUGGUCUGGGUUCAAUAUGUAGACUGGGCCACAGACGGUUGGUCUGGGUUCGGGACAAAACCUGGGACAGGUAGUUUGUCUGUGGUUGGAUAGAUGUGCAGAUGCCUUGACUGUAGCAACUUCCUCUGCAGUC